GCGAAAAUAUAAUGGGGCCAAAUAAAGACAGAUGAGAAAUGCAACCGACUUAUACAAUGUAUGAAAUAUUCGGUAGAAAUGUCAAACAAGCUUCACAAAAUGACGAAAGUGCGUUUCCUGCCACAUGCUUGGUUUAAAGCUGUCAGCUGACUGACUCACCAGGACGACAAAUCUACACGGUCGUGACUAUGAAGAAAAUCAAAGGCAAAGGAAGUAACACGACUGAGAAGGAGUUUGUGUUUGAGUUCAAGGCAGGGAAACACAACUGUGUUCUCAAAGUACCUUUGCAGUUUCCUGUUCAGGAGAACGUCAACGACCUUCAUGGACGUCUGAUGCAGCUACAUAAAAUACCUUGCUACGUAGAAAACGAAUUGAAAGUAUCACUGUCCGACUUCAUUGAGAAGAAGACCAUUUUGGAGUAUGACAGAGAGGCAGAACAGGCCCUGCAAAGACUCACAAUGGGACAUGUAGACAUAAAUCAGCUCACCAAUGCGUGGACCAGAGCCUAUGCAGAGACCACACUAGAGCAUGCACGACCUGAGGAGUCCAGCUGGGAUGAAGAAUUUGCAGAUGUUUACCACGAGUUGAUCCAUUCGCCUGCCUCAGAUACACUUCUCAACCUGGAGCACAAUUACUUUGUCCGUAUAUCCGAGCUCAUCAGCGAGAGAGACAUGGAGCUCAAGAAGAUACAAGAGAGACAAGCUGCAGAAAUGGAUAAAGUGAUGCAUGAGUUGGGGAAUACACUCAGUGACCAUGAUGUGAAUGCAGUAGCUUCCCAGCACUUUGAUGCACAGCAGGUGCUAGAGAACAAAUGGGUCACUGAACUGAAGCAAGUGACUUGUAUUCAAAAGCAAGAAUAUCAAGCGUGGGUCAUUAAACUACACGAGGACCUGCAAAAAUCCAACAACAGCAGCCAAAUUAAUGAGGAGAUUAAGGUGCAGUCCAGCCCGCUGUCAGAACCUUCAGAUUCUGGAGACCGAAUGUUUGAAGAGAAGCCUCAAAUGGAAGAAAGCUUCACUAUUCAUCUAGGAGCACAAUUGAAGACUAUGCAUAACCUGCGACUGGUGCGGGCAGACGUGUUGGACCUUUGUAAGCACCGACGUCAUGGCAGCAGUGGAGCAAAGCUGCGUCGCCUGCAGACGGCCCUUUCGCUCUACUCAUCAUCACUGUGUGGUCUGGUACUCUUGGUUGACAACAGGGUCAACUCCUAUAGUGGAAUCAAGAGAGAUUUUGCAACGGUGGCUAAGGAGUGCACAGACUUCCACUUUCUCUGCCUGGAGGAGCAGCUUGAAGAGGUGCAGCAGGUGGUGCUCUAUGCCAGAGCCCAGCGGAGCAGCAAGCAGAAAGAUCAACCUGAGCUCCCCAGGAAUGGAAGUGACGAUAAAAGUAAAACUAUAGAAAGAAAUCCUUCAAAUAUAUUACCAGGUGAAUUCUAUGUCUCGCGGCACUCCAACCUGUCCGAGGUCCAUGUCGUCUUCCACCUGUGUGUGGACGACAACGUGCGUUCAGGGAACAUCACGGCCAGGGACCCGGCCAUUAUGGGUCUCAGGAACAUUCUCAAGGUCUGCUGCACACAUGACGCAACGACCAUCACCGUCCCACUACUGCUGGUGCAUGAUAUGUCAGAGGAAAUGACCAUACCGUGGUGUUUGAAGAGAGCAGAGUUGGUCUUCAAGUGUGUGAAAGGUUUCAUGAUGGAGAUGGCCUCAUGGGAUGGAGGCAUAUCACGCACAGUGCAGUUCCUCGUGCCAAGGAGUAUUUCAGAGGAAAUGUUUUAUCAGUUGAGCAACAUGCUGCCUCAGAUCUUCCGUGUCUCCUCCACGUUAACGCUCACGUCAAAGCCGUGAUGGGUGAAGAUGAAUCAUACUUUAAGGUGCAGUCAUCUCUUUACUUCUUUUUAAAGUUGUUGCUGUGUUUUUAUUAUGACAUUUGGUGGGGUGUGCGUUAAGCACUUAUGGAAAAGUGAGGAACCUUAAUCAAUUUAAUACGUUUGUUUAUUUGUGUUGUCUUUAAAGCUGCAUAUCUUAGUGAAAGACGACUGGGUCCCGCAGCUCACAGAGCAGCUGCUGCAAUUAUCAUUUCAAACCUCCAGGGUGCAGCGCCCCCGACAGAUUUUUCUGACAUCAGCAACAAACCCCGGGAGCUCAUGUCAUUUCCUCAGAGCAGCACUCUGUAGCGUAUUCUGUUUGCUGGAGUCGCAGUUAGAAUGCUGCAUCGACUGAUGUGAAGUGUUAUAGUGGAAUCUCGCCGCUAGGCAGUCUAAACUACUGCCUUGGAAGAUGUCUUGAAUACUAAUACAGUGGAACAAAGAAAGACAAGUCAAAAGUGCGGCUGGUUUUAAAAUAACAUGUCACAUAAAAUGCAAAUUACAAUAAUCAUUUCCAUAGUCUAAGCGUAUCUGUCGCCAAAUCUUUAUUAACAGUUUUAGUUAACAUUUUUCACCAUCAUACAAUUUGGCCGUUGCACAAGACGUGAUACUUUGUGAAUAGUGGAUAGCUUGCUAAAGGCAGCAGUCAUGGAAAUGUAUAACUGUAAAUAGGUGAAUGUCUACACAGUGAAAGUAAAAAAAACACACAAAUUGUGUCUUGGCUGCUUAGUACAUACAAUAUGACUGAAGCAACAAGUUUUCACCAAUAAUAAAUGAAGAAACAAAUAUAUGCCGCUAAACUCUCUUGUCUUCAUAUGAAGAGACUCAAGUAGAAAAAGCUGUAAUCGUCGUCUGCAUCAUCAUAUUGUUACAACACAUUCUUUUGCUUUAACGUUGUCUGGCGAUCAGCAGUAGAAAUUAUUUUGAAAUGAUAAAAAGUCCAAGUUGACAAUAGAUUUUAGGUUUCAUUAUGCAGCGAGCAACUUCUAUUUUGCACUUAUUUGAUAUUUAAGUGUAUGCCCUCGUAAUAAAGGUUUCCUGAUUGAUGUGAUUCCAAUGCUGCAACAUAAAGAGAGGUAGCAUGUGCUCACUCAGUAGCAGAGUUUUCUGACUUGUCAACUUUGUAGCGCUGGGGUGAGUUUAAUGGUCUGGUUCUAAAAGUAAGCUGUCAUGGCUGUUACACUAUAAAACAUGUUUAUGUGGUAUAUUGUGGCUUUUCUCACCUUGCAAUGGCCGCUCAAGUCUGCCAGCUGGCUUUAUCACAUCAGGCAUAGCUCAUGCUGUCAUGGUUUGGUUCAUUCACAUCCUGGGGAAGGUUUUCUGUGGAGAUGGGUAAUGCCAACUCCUAAAAGACCAUUUGCACUGGUGCAAAGAUGAGCAGGAUGCAGCUUUUUAAUGCUGCAUUGCAGUGAGCUGGAGUAUCACUGCUUAAGUGUUUUUUGGGCCCGCCUCUCCGCUUUCAUGACAGCAGAUGGCACUGUUCUUGAAAGCAAAUGUUUACAAAAAAAAGGAAAAGAUCUACAGUACUGCUUUUGUUUGUCUUACACCACACAUCUGCAAUUCAUCCAGAUGACAGUCUUAUGGUUUCUGUGUUCUGUUUGAUUUUGUAAAACGUUCUUGUAAAUGUACUUUUUAAUUUAAAAAAAAUACUUGAACAGCAAAUUGUAAAUUUCUCAGUUUCAGAUUGUAGAUGAUUUACAUUUUUGUCAUCCAGCAGCGUGAAAUCUGUUGAGUUGUCCAAGGGCAAGUAUUUUGCAUCUGUCGAUUCAAGAUGAUUUGUAGUCACCGGAAGAGAAUUCAACCAGAAGCUGCAUCACAUCUUUCAUGAUAAACACAGUCAGCAGGAUGUGCAGAGGAAAUGCCCUAACCUCAUGUUAUGAAAGUGUGCAGUUUAUCACGCUUACCAUGUUGAGAACCGAUUAAAUUGUAUGUUUUGCACAGAGUUCAACAUUCUUCGAAUUUGUCUCGGUGGUAUGAGGUGUUGGGUUUCCUUUAACGGUGUUCAUUCAGUCUCUUCUAUACAAGAGCUAGUCAAUUUGUCCUCUCAGUGCUGAUUCUCUGCUUGGAAAAUGAUGAGUGAAAUCUUCCACCAACUGACACCUAAUAUGUAAUUAAAGUAGCCUCAGAAGAUUAUGUUGACAAAGUAUCAAAAAUAACCAUGACCCACCUCCCAUAACCUCCUUUGAAACUAAUUAUUUUCCCUACGUAAACCCAGCAUUAUUGUGAGGUCAUUUAAGUCCAUGACUACAUGAAGCUAUGAUCAUCUUUUUAAAGUAUUAACACUUAAAACAUAUUCUCUAUAUAUUUUAUUCUGUCUCUCUGUCUCUCUGUCUCUCUCUCUCUCUCUCUCUCUCUCACACUCUCUCACUCUCUCACUCUCUCACACUCUCACACUCUCACACUCUCACACUCUCACACUCUCUCACUCUCACUCUCAAUUAAAAAGUCGUGCACGAAAUAUUUCUUUCAAGGUUCAAAGUAAAGAUACAUUCAAGUUCACUGUAAUUCUGAUUGUAAAUACCUCAAGUUCUGCUUGCUUCUUCCCACGUCAGAGACGUUUCUAUGUUAUGUUAUAAAAACAAAGGUCCUGUAUUAUAUCAUGUUGAGUUGCCUUUAAUAUAGCAAAAAAAUGAAUGAAUAAAUAAUCUGUCGUGAUUUUACAA